AUGUCUUACCGCAACGAGUCCGACAGCUACGGCAGUGGCAACCAGAGCUCCGGCUACGGAGACAACAACUCCUCCAGCUACGGCAACAAGUCUAGCUCUGGUCGUGACCAGGAUAGUUACGGCAGCAGCAACCAGGAUAACUACGGUAGCAACAAUGACUCUUCCAGCUACGGCAGCGGAAACAAGUCCAGUUCUGGUCGCGACCAGGACAGCUACGGCAGCAGCAACACUGGCAGCAACACCUAUGGCAGCAACAAUGACUCCUCCAGCUACGGCGGCAACAAGUCUAGCUCCUCUGGUCGCGACCAGGACAGCUAUGGCAGCAGCAACACUAGCUCUUCCAAGAAGGAUACCUACGGCAGCAACAAUGACUCCUCCAGCUAUGGCGACAACAACUCCUCCAGCUACGGCAACAAGUCUAGCUCUGGUCGUGACCAGGAUAGUUACGGCAGCAGCAACCAGGAUACCUACGGCAGCACAAAUGAUUCCUCCAGCUAUGGCAGCGGAAACAAGUCGAGCUCUGGUCGCGACCAGGACAGCUAUGGUAGCAGCACCAACGACUCCUCCAGCUACGGUGGCAGCAACACUUACGGCAGCGGCAACUCCGGCUCUGGAUCCAAGAAGGAUACCUAUGGCAGCAACAAUGACUCGUCCAGCUACGGUGGUAACGACUCGUCCAGCUACGGUAACAAGUCCAGCUCCGGCCGUGACGAGGACAGCUACGGCAGCGGCAACUCCGGCUCUGGAUCCAAGAAGGAUAGCUACGGCAGCAACAAUGACUCGUCCAGUUAUGGUGGCAACGACUCCUCCAGCUACGGUAACAAGUCUAGCUCUGGUCGCGACCAGGAUACUAGCUACGGCAGCACCAACCAGGAUAACUACGGCAGUAACAAUGACUCCUCCAGCGGCAGCAUUGGUAGCAAGCUGCUGAACAAGGCUGAAGGCUUCCUCAACAAGGGCCGUGAUUAA